AUGGAAGCUUGAAAAUUGAACGUUACGCGCGAGUUGAGUUGAGUUGAGAGAAGUGCGACUUCCAGAUAGUUUGAAAACCUAAAAGGUAAGGUGGAUUCGUUUCUGGGCGAGCUACCGUAACAGACGGGACCAACUACCGAAUCUAUCACCACGGUUUUUCUGAGCUGAGUUGAUAAUAAUCCCAAGUGAAAAUCUAGUGGACGCCAUGAAAGGAGGAAGGAAGAAUCUGAAGAGGGCAGCAGAGCAAGAGACAUUUACUCUUCAACAAGGCCAGAGCAUCAUGCAAGUUGUGUCUCUCCGAGGCUCCAACCUCAUUGAGGUCAUGGAUGCAAAAGGUGAGAAAGCUCUGGCAUUGUUUCCAGCCAAAUUCCAGAAGAGUAUGUGGAUAAAGAGAGGUAGCUUUGUUGUGGCUGACGAAAGUGGAAGAGAGGAGGCCAUUGAAUCUGGUAGAAAAGUGUCAUGUAUUGUUUCUCAAGUUCUCUUUCAUGAACAAGUUCGUGUUCUUCGGAAAUCUCCAGAAUGGCCAGAAAUCUUCAAAUCCACAAUUCUAGACAAUUAUAGGCAAUGUUUGGAGGGAGAUGCUUCCAUGAAGGAUCAGAGUGAAGUUAACUCAACUGAUGAUGAUGAACUCCCACCCAUAGAAGCCAAUACGAACAGAAGGAAGCCUGUAGAGUUGCAGUCAGAUGUAGACUCAGAUUCAGAUACGGAUUCUUAAACCAAAUUUGGCAACAUCGAGAACCAGGAUCUUAGCAUUUUUACUUUUUUGGCUGUGUAUGGGUAAGAAUGUGUACUCAUUUUCUUCUCUUUUUUCCCCAAAUUUUACAGGGUCAAUUUUAUUUUACUUUUUUACAUUGUAUUAUUACAUUUUUAAAACAGGUUGGUAUAUUUGGACCAAAGACCUUAUCUUUUGUAUGACUUAACCAUAGGAAAUGAGUAGAAUUCUGUUAUCUUUAAAAAUAUUGAUUACAGGCAAACUUUGAAACUCUAUCUCAACGCCUGUACUAGGUGAAAUAUAGAAGGAUAAGCUUGUUACGGCUUUCUGUGUUAAA